UUUUGUAGAGCGCAAAGCAUUUUGCAUUUACUUAAAGUUGGGCACACUUUUCGCAGCUAUGGAAGAAUCUGUAAACAUAAGCGAGCUAGAGCAGACCUCGCUAUUUAACCAGAAUGUGAGCUUCAAUAGCAUGGAACUGACCUUGCCGGCAGAUUCGCCAAGCGGCAAAUUAAGCGUAUCGCCAAUGCCAGAAAUAAGUUUCGCGCUCAGCGAGGAAGAACGCCUGAAGUUAAAAAGAGUGGAUCAAAAUACUAGUCAACGCAGUGUGCUUAAGGAUAUAUCUAUAAAUGUUAAUAAAAAGCAAAAGGAAAUAAAUUUAAGCAAAAGCGCCAUGGAUGUAAGCAUAGACGUAGAUGAGGAGGAGGUGGAAGAGGAGGAGCAGAGCAGCGCAAUGGAAGAUAGCACACAUGUUAUAGACAUAGAGGAUACAGUGCAUGAGCAGACAUGUGAGCAGAGCAGUCUAGUGGAGCAGCUGGAACAAAGCGACUCAAGUACAGUUAUACCAAGCUUGACUUACUUUGAUCGCCAGGUAAUUGAGCUGGGACGCCGUUGCUGGCCAUCGAGCAUGGAGGCACAGCAUUAUACAAAAGGCUGCUACUGGUCGCCAGAUGGCACUUGUUUGUUGCUGCCAGUGCAUCAGGAUGGCAUGCAUGUCAUGGAGCUGCCGCUGGAUCUAUACCAAGCCAGUGGUGUGCCUGAAUCACGCGCUGUGUCGACGCUGCAGUCAGCAGUGCACAUUCCCGAAGGUGGCACCGUCUACGAUUGCGUUUGGUAUCCAGGCAUGAACAGCCAAGCGCCAGAGACAUGUUUCUGGUUGGCCAGCAGACAGCAUGAACCCAUACACAUGUGGGAUGCCUUUAAUGGCAGCCUGCGCGGCAGUUUUGCAGGCUAUGAUGAAGUGGAUGAAGUAGCAGCAGCUAUAUCGCUUGCUUUCUCAAACGAUGGCCAACAGAUUUUUGCUGGCUACAAGCGCUGCAUAAAGAUUUUUGAUACCAACAGGCCUGGCCGCAAUUACGUUGAGUACGGUGUCAAAUUUUCAAUAAGCUGCAUAGCACAAACCUGGGAGCAUCCACAGACGUUGACCUGCGGUAACUGGCGCGGCUAUAUACAACACUUUGAUUUGCGCAUUUCACCCAAACAGGGACCGCUCUUUACGCUGGGCGGGCAUACCGCAGGCAUCACACAACUGCGCUAUGCAAAUGAUACUAGCUCCAGUGGCUGGCAACUGUUCAGUGGUGCACGCAAGUGUCCCAAGCUGCUACAGUGGGAUAUGCGCAACUAUAAGCAGCCACUGCAUGAAUUUCAACGCACUGUGGACACCAAUCAACGCAUACAAUUCGAUUUGCAGCAGAACUGGCUGGCCAGUGGUGAUACCAACGGCUUCUUAAAUGUUUGGAAUCUACAGCAGCUAAACUCGCAGUGUAAGCCAAAACAAUAUGCGCUGCAUGAUGACUGCUGCAAUGGUGUAAGCUUUCAUCCUAAUCUGCCCAUAUUGGCCACCAGCUCUGGGCAGUAUCACUUUCUAUCCGGCGAUACUGCGCCCAAUGCCACGCUUAACGGCACGCAAGAGAUUGAGACGGAGGAGAAGGAGCAACUGCCGCAGCAGCAACAUUCAGAUCCGCCAACUAAGAUUUUCUAUGAGAAUGCUGUACUUUUACUUUGGUGUGGCAGCUAAGCUGACUCGCCUCCAGUUAUUCCAUUUGUAUAUUAUGUCUUGAAGAGAAUAAAAAUGAAUUUUGUUUUACCAAUUAUAAA